UCCAUAAAGUCAAAGUUACUCACUUUCCCUAUAAAGACGCUCUCACUUUUUUUCAUGGCUUCUUCUUGUUUCCUUCGUUCGAUUCUCUUCUCUUCGCUACCCACUAGCCUCCCAUCUCGAUCAGAUUCUCUCUCCGCUUUCUUCCCGAAGAAUCUCACUUGUUCUUCUACUGCUUCUCUUUUCGAGUCGUUAUCGGUUUCGUCGAUCGGAAGUGGAUCUAUCAGGAUAUUAACUGAUAGACGGGGAAAGUUGUCGGCGGUGAAGAGCAUGGCUACGAAGACGGCGGAAAUCGGUAAGGAGGAGAAGAAGAGAGUGGAGAUCUUUGAUCUCGAGGAGAAUUUGGCGAUUGAUUUGGCCAAAUUCACAGCUGAUCUCUCCGAUAAGUUUUGCAAGGAGAGAGGCGCUUUCACCGUCGUUGUCUCUGGCGGCUCCCUAAUCAAAUCUCUCCGGAAAUUAGUGGAAUCCCCUUACGUUGAUUCAAUCGAUUGGUCAAAGUGGCAUUUUUUCUGGGUCGACGAGAGAGUUGUUCCCAAGCACCACGACGACAGCAACUACAAACUGGCAUAUGAUAGUUUCCUGUCCAAGGUUCCAAUACCGCCUGGAAACGUAUAUGCAAUCAACGAAUCCCUUUCUGCAGAGGCUGCAGCGGAUGAUUAUGAGACAUGCCUCAAACAUUUGGUCAAGACCAAUAUCCUCCGCGUCUCUGAAUCAACUGGCUUCCCCAAAUUCGACCUCAUGCUUCUCGGUAUGGGCCCUGAUGGCCACGUGGCAUCCCUGUUCCCAGGACAUGGUCUCUGCAACGAGAGCAAGAAAUGGGUAACUUCCAUCACCGACUCUCCUAAACCGCCGUCUGAGAGAAUCACCUUCACUUUUCCGGUUAUCAACUCUUCUGCGCAUAUAGCUCUAGUUGUUUGCGGUUCUGGGAAAGCAGAAGCCGUGCAGGCAGCACUGAAGAAGACUGGGGAUGUACCUGCGGGUUCCGUUUCAGCUGAAGAUGAGCUGGUUUGGUUUCUUGAUAAACCGGCCUCUUCCAAGCUCUAAACCGAUGUUAGAAUUUGCAUUUAAAGUACCAAUGUGAGACUAGUCUGGUUUGCUUUAUGGUUGGUUAGGUCGAGUGGUUAACUCGCCGAUUCUCUCCAUUUGUGUUGUGACUUGUGAGAGAGACUGUUGUAAUAAAAGCGUAUACUUGCUUGGCAUGGAAAUAAUGAAACUAGUCUCAUUGGAUGUUGAAGGCAGU